AGCUUGUUCUGUGAAUCUGUGCUAUAACCUUAAAUAAUUUUCUGUUUUCUACGAUAGGAGAAAAGAAAUCGAAGUACUGAAAUGCCGACGAUAGGUAUUAAAAGGGAACUUUUAUUCAAAGCACUCGGUGCAGAAUAUACCGAUGAUGAAUUUGCAAAACUUUGUUUCCAAUUUGGAUUGGAACUUGAUGAAGUUACGACUGAAAAACGCAUAGCUGGCAAGGAACUUGCUAAGAUCAGCACUACCAUCGAUGAAUCUGAAGAAAUUAUUUAUAAGAUUGAUAUUCCUGCUAAUCGUUAUGACUUAUUGUGUCUGGAAGGAUUAGUUUUAGGUCUCAAAAUAUUUCAUGGACAAAUAAAACCCCCUGUAUUUAAAGCAAUGAAACCCGCAGAAGGAAAUUUUAUUCAAAUGAAAGUUUUGCCCAAUACUGCGAAGAUAAGACCAUAUGUUGUGGCUGCAGUUUUAAGAGAUUUAUACUUCACCAAAGACAGUUAUGAUAGUUUUAUUGAUUUACAAGACAAACUCCAUCAAAAUAUAUGCCGUAAACGUUCUUUGGUAUCUAUUGGAACUCAUGAUUUAGAUACCUUGGAACCUCCUUUUGUAUAUGAUGCUAAACCUCCUAAAGAUAUCAAAUUUGUUCCAUUAAAUCAUGAUAAGGAAUUAAAUGGUAAUGAUAUUAUGGAAUUAUAUUCCUCCCAUGUUCAACUUAAGCAAUAUUUGCAUAUUAUACGAGAUAGUCCACUCUACCCUGUCAUAACUGAUAAAAAAGGAAUCGUCUUGAGUUUACCACCCAUUAUAAAUGGAAAUCACUCAAAGAUAACUUUGAAUACAAAAAAUGUUUUCAUAGAAGUGACUGCAACCGAUUUAACCAAAGCAAACAUUGUGUUGGAUACAUUGGUCUGUAUGUUCAGCCAAUAUUGUAAAAAUAAGUAUUCAUCCGAAUCCUGUGAAGUAAUUUAUCCUGAUGGUGCAAGCCACCUCUAUCCACAACUUGUUUAUCGAAAAGAAAAUGUUCUAGUGGAAAAGGUGAAUAAUAUAAUUGGCAUUGAUGAAACAGGCAAAAGUAUAGAACAUCUUUUAUCUAAAAUGUCUCUUACUUCAACUUUAAAAUGUGACUUUGAAUUGGAGGUUGAAAUUCCACCUACAAGACAUGAUGUAAUCCAUCCAUGUGACAUUUAUGAAGAUGUUGCUAUUGCUUAUGGUUAUAAUAAUAUUGAGAGGGCUCUACCUAAAACUAAUACUAUAGCCAAUCAGUUGCCAAUUAAUAAAUUAUCAGACUUACUGCGAAAUGUUAUAGCUCAGGCUGGUUUUACUGAAGCUUUAACAUUUUCCCUUUGUUCUGAAGAAGAUAUAUCAACAAAAUUGGGAUAUAAUUAUGUUACAGCUGUACAUAUUUCCAAUCCUAAAACUCUAGAGUUUCAAGUUUGUAGAACUACACUCUUACCUGGUAUUUUGAAAACCAUUGCAGCAAAUAAGAAAAUGCCAUUACCACUGAAAAUUUUUGAAGUUUCUGAUGUUGUUUUAAAAGAUGAAAAAGCUGAAGUUGGAGCAAAAAAUGAAAGGAGAUUGUGUGCAGUUAACUGUAACAAAAAUGCUGGAUUUGAAGUUGUGCAUGGAUUACUUGAUAGAAUAAUGUUAGUUUUGGAAAUACCUAGGGGAACAAAUGAUUCGAAGAAAGGUUAUUAUCUGAAGAAAUCUGAUGAUCCAGCAUUUUUUCCUGGGCGUUCUGCUGAAAUUUUUUGGAAUGGAAAAUCUAUUGGAAAGAUUGGUGUCCUUCAUCCCGAUGUUUUACUGAAGUUUGAUUUGGUAAAUCCUUGUUCAGCAAUUGAAAUAGAAAUAGAAUCAUUCUUAUAAAUUAUUUUACUUGAACAAUAAAUCCUUUUAACUAUAUGAAAA